AUGCCUACCCGCGGCGAUGCCACCCAGACCAAGGUCCACUACAAGGGCAAGGAGGACGACUUCGUCAUCUUCGUCGAGAACGAGAAGGCCGUCAAGGACUGGAAGGCCGACAGCUCCGUCCCUCUGGCACAGGUUGUGAACGGCUGGAAGAUCUUCGUCACCCACAAGCACGGCAACCAGGGCAUCCUGGACACUGCAUCCAACGCCCUGCUCGAGAACGAGUUCGGUUCGCACAAAGAGGAGGAUGUCGUCAAGCAGAUCCUCGAGAAGGGCGACGUCCAGUCGGUCGAGGAGAAGGGUCGCUUUGGUGACACCAACCAGUCCAAGGGCGCCAAUGUCGCCCACGGCUAUGGCGGCAGCGUCGCGUAA